AUGCCUGAUUCUCGCUCUAUCCGGGUAUUCACCUUGUAUCCGGGAGUCCCCAGCGAUCCGCUCCGUGGCGGGCUAGAGUUUGUGAACAUCGACAGCGGUGCUGGCGCUUAUGAAACCAUAUCUUAUGUAUGGGGAGAUCCGUCAAAAACGCAUGGAAUGGUCUGCGAUGGGGUCGAAGUGUUGAUCACCAAGAGUCUUCAUGGAGCGCUUACGUGCCUCCGCCUUCCUCAUGCAUCGAGGCGGCUUUGGGCUGAUCAGAUUUGUAUUGAUCAGGAAAAUACUGAAGAGAAGAGCAGCCAGAUCCCCCUGAUGAACGUCAUUUAUCGAAAUGCAAAACACGUGCUGGUGUGGCUGGGUCACGAUGAGCAAAAGGUUGCGAGAGCGGCGUUCGACUUGGUUUCUGACCUGGCUGCAACGUUCGCUGAUAGAGAAAGACGAGCAGCAUUUGAUCGCCGUCAAGCGGAGAAUUCAGCCUCUUGUAAUGAUUCCCAUGAUAUGUGGUCUCCACUAAGGGCACUAACAAGUCUUUCAUGGUUUACCCGAGCUUGGAUAGUCCAAGAAAUAGGCACUCGAGCACCCGCGACACUUUUUUGGGGCGACGUAUAUAUCGAGUGGGAAGUUUUGCACUCGGUCUGCAAAGAUUUAACUGACUACCAUCAUCUCCGAAAAGAAGUCGACAUCCAGACACCUAAGGUCAAAUAUAUGUAUCGCCGCUUCAUAGAACCAGACCGUUCUUCACGGCAUGCCAACCGCUUCAGCUUUCUAUACGAGCUACAUAGAGCCCGGCACCUGAUGGCUUCCGACCCCAGAGACAGAGUGUAUGCUAUGCUGGGUCAUUACUCAAUCCGAAAUACCCCAAACCAGGAGAUAAGAGCUCUGAAGCCAGAUUACUCCAAAACCUUGGAAGAGGUUUACAAUGAUGUGGCAACCAGAGGCCUGAUCGGAGAUGACAAAUCCCUCCUGACACUGGCUUCCGUCCAGCAUAAGACGGUACCCUCCAAGCAGCAUGCUUUAGAGCUGUCCAGCCUGGACUAUUCUUCCGUGUCGCCCAAUAAAUUGCCGUCAUGGGUCCCUGACUGGCGAACGUAUCAGUCACACAUUCUCUCAGAACCGACUAGCCCGCACCGUGCCAGUGGAGCACUUAGAUCAAGCCUUCAAGUGGACGGGUCAAGCAAGACUAUUUAUAUCAAAGGGGUAAUAGUUGACACCAUAGCCGCGCAUUCUAAAUCCUUCCAACCCCGCGAGUUUCAUGUCAACGGUUCCGAAUAUUCGAAUGUCAUCGAGAAAAUUUGGCGUGAGGUAUGUGAAGAGUCCGACUUUGACCUAGCAAGUCGAUAUCUUCCUACAGCACGCAGUGCAGUCUUCGCAUAUCUUCAGACACUAAGUAACGCUUGCGUCGCGGUUGCGUGGCAAGACAAUCAACCCUACGAGUCUGCCUCAAAGGACAUGUGGUUAGCUCACGGCGCAGCGUAUCUAGUUCGUGCAGCUGGGAAGUCUUGCGCCAUUUCAGAAUCUCUCCGAGAUUUGGCGAAAGCUGGGGAUGCGGCAAAGUGGGCGCGUGCUGCAAACGGGGCGUCAAGAAACCGGGUAUUUGCUAAAACGAAAGACGGCUAUUAUGUCCUUGGCCCAAAGACGAUGGAGCCAGGAGAUAUUGUGUGUGUUUUGUUGGGGGGCAAAAUGCCAUUUUGUUUACGACCUUGGGGAAACAAAUACUUGCUCCUUGGAGAGUGCUACGUACACGGGAUUAUGAAUGGGCAGGCGGUGGAUGGAUCUCGUGGAGAAGAGAUGACAAGGACAGUGUUUGAGAUAGUUUAG